AUGUGGGACGACAUACUCCGGCACGCGUGGCGAUCUUUCCGCAAGAGGAUAGGUCUUGCAGCAUCUUCAGACGUCAAAAUCAUGAGCGAGCUAGUCAAGAAGCUCCUUUCUUCAAGCGAUUCUGCCACCCUUCCAUACGUCGUAAUAAGCUACCCAGGAAUUUCGGCACUUUACAAAGAAGAUAUCAACGACAUGGCGGAGUACCUAGAUCUUCCAAAGCUCACAGGCCUUUACGGAUUUCAUCCCUGGGAAGCUCACGCUGCUUAUGCGGGACACGGGCUAGGAUUAUGUGAGCACUUCGAGAAUAAGAAUCGAUGCAAGGAUGAGGGAAAGCAGCUACCGGAACACGAAACACUCCUGGUUGAAUAUACUGAUCAAGCCAUCCUACUGCAUACAUUACCUUUACAGACAGCAGUGAAUGUGGACUUUGGGGACGCUGACCCUCAUGCAAUAGCUUCAUUUCAAUUGGGUGCCAAUUCGCGGGUUGAUAACCAUGCGUCGCGUGUCGCAAACUUCGUUCAUCAGUUCUUAAGUCCUUGGUACGGAAGUCUAGUCUUUCCUGAAGAGGUCUUGAUUAUCAUGACGGGAACUAGGGAUGAGGCUAUAGACGAGGCUAUUCGAGAGGAGGUGGGAAGAUUAGUACCAAAGACUCAAAUACUUACAUCCACGUCUGAGUUUAUUGCAUCUAGGGGAUCUGCAGAACUUUCCUGGAGAGUGGCUGUUAUGGAAUUAUCUUAA